CAUCUUCUCUUUACCCCAAAGCGCUGACUUUCCUCCUAAAGUCUUGUCUCCAAGCUCCCAUCACCCUUUUCAGAAAAUGGCACGCAGCCAGCUCUUGAUUCUCCUCUCAGUUCUCAUGGCCUUCCCGGCCAUCAUAGCCGCUGAUCAGCCAGAGAAGAAGAUUGAUGUGGUGGUUGAAGGCGUGGUCUACUGCCAGAGCUGUGAGAACGCCGGAACAUGGUCUCUGUCUGGGGCCAAGCCAAUCCCAGCUGCUAAAGUCAGCGUUGUCUGCAAGAAUUACAAGGACCAAGUCAGCUACUACAAGGUGUUCGAAACAGACGGGAACGGCUACUUCUAUGUGCAGCUUGAAGGCUUCACGAUGAGCCAAUGUCUGUUGGAACAUCCUCUUCAGUCGUGCCAUGUGAAGCCCGUCUCGUCUCCUCUUGAAAACUGCAACCUCCUUACCAACGUUAACUACGGGCUCUAUGGCUCCCCACUGCGUUACGAGAACAAGAAAUUAUUUGGAAGCAACUAUGAGGCUGUCGUCUUUGCUGCGGGUCCCUUGGCAUUCCGUCCAGAUCAUUGCCCAUUCCCUACUCACGUCUGAUCAAUUCUAUUACCAAUUACCUUUGACCCUUGAUUAUACACGUUUUUUUUUUUUUUUUUUUUUUUUUUUUUUUUUUUUUUUUUUUUGUAAGGGUUCUGUUUCUUUAAUUAAUAAACUAAACUUUUGCUGUAAUGCAAAAUGAUAAAAAGGAUUUGUCCACCCCUUUGUCUAUACAUAUACAUAUAUUUUAUGGACAACAAGAGAGAAGCUUUGGUGAUGGUGGUGAUAGACUGGUAGUGAUAAUGAAGGUGACAGUGUGACGGCGGGUCGGUGACGACGGAGCUACGGUGGUUACGAAAUGCACAAUAAAAUGUUUUUCGAAUUUUUUGUACCUUUUGUUUGUGUAAACUAGAAAAAUUUCGUAGUAAACACGAAAUCAAAUAGUCUCUUCAGUUUCAAAAAAUAUUACAAA